AAAAAUUUGCUAAAAGUGUAUUUGAUAUAAGAAAAAACCAAAACAAAACAAAAAUACAACAACGACUCAGACGCGCCCGCUGCAAUAACGAUAUUUAAAUAUAUAUAACAAAAGAAAAUAGUACUAACUGUAAAUUACAGUGCCUUCGAUAAAUUAAACAACAACAGUCGCUACACAAAACAACAGCAAAUAAAUCCGUUAGCUUUUUUCAUUUUACAUGAAGCGCGCAACAACAAAACUCACCAGCACCUAGCACCUUUAGUAUGCAAUGAGGCAGCCAGACAAACGCAUCGACAACGAUCGGCAGCGCCAAGUAUUAGUAAUAAACGAGUUUGAUUAAAGGAUGAAUAGCAACAACCUGCAGCAAUGGUGGGAAAACUCAUAUCGACGACAGCACCAACAGCAACCGACUGUCGAUAGCAAUAUCGAUAACGAUAACGAUAGCGAUGCCACUGAACAGCUGCACUAUGCGCUUCUCGAGCAAAACAACUUUGGCGGGAAUAGCGGCGGCAUUGAUGGCAAUUUUGGCGGUCAAUUGAGCAGCAGCUUUGACUACGAUAGCUAUGGCAACUUUACGCUGACCAAUCCCUAUGAUAUUGACACUGGCGCGGAUACUGAGCAUGCGAUUCCAUCAUUGACUAUUCUACUGCUGGCCAUUAGCUAUGGUCUGGUUGUAUUCGGAGGCGUUGUGGGCAAUUCAACUUUGGUACUCACCCUGUGCUCGGCUUCAUCGGUGCGUUUGCGAAAUCCGUUGCUGCUGGCCGUUUGCAUUGCCGAUCUUCUGGUUACGGGCAUUUCAGCGCCAGUUACGCUGCUGAAUCUGGCCAUGAAUCGGGGCACUAGAUCUUUACCACUUUUACUAUGCAAACUAAUACACUAUGUUCAGGUCAUGCCAGUGGCAGCCAGCACAAUUUCCUUCUUCAUGCUCUCGCUGGAUCGCUAUGCCACCGUAAAACAUCCGCGCUUGGCUCAGUUGCGACAGCGCCGCUAUCUGCACGUCUCGCUGGCCAUCCUGUCGUGGAUUGCCUCGGCAGCUAUCAGCACGCCAUUCUUGUUUGCCUAUAAGAUAAUAGCCAAGUCGGUGAUCAUAAAGGGCGCCGGAACGGGCACAACGCCAAACCCAGUUAGCAUAAGCUGCACCUCAGAGCUGGGAGCCAAUGCCAUGUUCAUGUCGUUUAUCAUCUUUCAUACAAUUGCGGUAUUUGUGCUGCCCGGCGUGGGUGUGCUACUCAAUCAUUAUGGUGUACGUCGCAAGCUCUGUGCACUGUCGCUGACCGCCCGAGCGGCGCACGGCGAACUGCCGUUGCCCAUGCCGAUAUUGCGCCGUCAGACCCACAUGGUUAUAGUUACGGGCUGCGCGAAUGCUCAGCAGGCAGGAUGCGGUGGAGCGACCACAGCCGAUGACACAUCCAAUGGAAAUGGCAAUGGAGGCGGCCAAAUUGCCAUCAAUCCGGGAGAUAUACAAUUGCAUAACUUACAGCCAUGUCGGCCGGGCUCCAGUGCGGCACUUGAGCCGGGCUCCUAUCGCUCCAGCAAUCCCAUUUCGCCCAGGGCUAUGCGGGAGAUACGUGCUCACUCACAACGGCAGCGCAUUUUUCGUGCGGGCCGCGGUCCGGCUACGCCUGGUAUACCUCUGCCUCAGACGUCCACAUUGCGAUCGCGUCGUCAUCUGGCCAAUAUGCUAAUUGCUUCCGCCUUAAUCUUCAUCGUAUGCUGGGCACCGCACGUCUUCUGUAUAUUCUAUAAGAAUUUCGGUUAUAAGCAAUACUGCAGCAAAACUUCCGUCUACUUCAGUCUGUUAUUGGGCUACUUUUAUUCGGCUAUUAGUCCGGUCAUCUAUUGGGCCCUCAACCAUAAUACGCUACGACAAUCGCCCUGUGCGCCUAUCAUUCGCCUGAGGUCCAUGCAAAAUUUCCUGCGUUCGCGCUUUCGCUCGCACACCGUGCCGCCGGCUGCCUCGUCGACAAAUGAGGCAGCAUUGGGGGCCUUCAAUCCUAAAUUGAUAAAGCUAACACCGAAGCAGUAUAGAGCUCAGGCUUCUUCGCAUUAUCUCUACUAGUGUGAUACUAAACUAAAACCUUAACAUAUUUACUUAUGACGACACUCGAACCCAAGGCUAUCCCCGUUCUAAGAAACUUGAUGAUUUUUCUCCAUAGCUCCUCUUUGCAAUUAGUUGGCACAACGUAAAAAUACAAAAAAAAAAAAUAAUAAUAAUAAUACUACAAAAAACAAAAUGCAAGCGAAAUUAUACAUAAUAUACAUAAAUACAUAAUACAUACAUAGUUUAUAUAGCUACUAUACAUAGGUAGUUGUUAACGCUUAUUUACAACACAAUGUUAGUAUUCCAAAAGUAUUGCAAUCCAAACCAACAAAACACAUAUACGAACUCAUUUAGUGACUUGUUUAAAAUGUUGUUUAGUCCUUAAGCUGAAACUAAAAGAAAUUACAUAAAUGCAUAAUAAUAUUGUACUAUGUUCCUUCUCAUAGAUAAGCAAUAAGUAACGCUUUAAGCCAAGUUUAACAAACAAAUCAAACUAAACAUGAUCUAAAACUAAACCAAAAACAAUUAAACUAAAAAUCAAAUACAUAUUUAGCAAAUCUACGUACAUAUAAGAAACAAGAAAAAAAAGAAAAUGUAAAAAAAAAAAAUUGUAUAUAAGUGUGUCGAAAAAGCAUUCUUUCUACACUUUUUCUAAAAUUUUUAAUGUUCAUUCAACUGAAUACCUUUAGAUUGAACACCUGCAAAGUUCAAUUUAUACGCAAUAGAAUAUAUUUCUUACUUUCCAAAAACUGAA